AGUAGUUCCGCCUAGAAACAUCAUUAGGAGUGGUGCCUUCAACCACCAAAGAUACACAUUGAAGAGGUAUUUGCAUACUCGCACACUUGAAAAAAAGAAGGAACAAACCCAGCUUUCAAUUCGAAAAUGCCGACCAAGAAAACCGCCGAGCCACCGAGCUCACCGGGCUCAUCCCCCGCCUCAUCCCGCGCCUCAACCCCGGAACCCACUAGUAACAAGAAGCGCAAGCCGACCACGGACCCAGAGGACGAGAUCGCAGUGGACCUAUCCGCGCCGGAACCACCCAGCAAGCGCGCCCGCCGUGCCCUGAAGAAGGGCAAGCCGCUGCCGAAGCCCGCGUCCAAGAAGAAGCGGGACGACCGGGCGGACCUGGAAGCCGACGACGACGACUCGGACGCGGCGAACCUCCCCGAGCAGCUAAGGUCGUCGGGCGGCAAGAAGGAGCGCUCCAACUAUGGAGUCUGGAUCGGUAACCUGCCCUUCACGGCCACGCGCGCCGAUGUCUUCAAGUGGCUGGUCGAGAACUCGGGCGGCUCCAUCACCGAGGACGCCAUCACGCGCGUCAACCUGCCGCUGUCCAAGGACAAGAAGCCCGGGUCCGAGAGGCGGGAUAACAAGGGCUUUGCCUACGUCGACUUUGCCGCCUACGACGCCUGCAUCGCCGCCAUCGCCCUGUCCGAGUCAGACUACGGCGGCCGCAAGCUGCUGAUCAAGGACUCCAAGUCCUUUGAGGGCCGGCCUGCUCCCGCUCCCGCCGCCACCGCCGAUGGUGCAGACGAGACAAAACCUGGCAGCAAGGCAGGGGCUGCCGCCGGCGCUACAGCAGCAGCCCCCAGCACCAACACGAAAAAGAUCUACGUCGGCAACCUCCCCUACGACGCGACCGAGGAGACGCUCCGCUGGCAGUUUGAAAAGUGUGGCACCAUUGAGUGGGCCAAGGUCGCCACAUUUGAGGACUCGGGCAAGUGCAAGGGCUACGGCUGGGUGCGCUUCGCCGACUCGGCCGCCUGCGACUGGGCCGUCAAGGGCUUUGUUAAGAUCAAAGAGGCCGUCGAGACCGAGGAGGACUUUAUGAGCGACGACGGCGAGGACAACGACGACAAGGUCAAGGACGAUGACGACGACGAUGACGACGAUGAGGAUGCUGCUGAAAAGAAGACAAAGAGGCGGAAGCCGGCCGCCGGCUCAGAAAAGACAAAGACGCGUAAGUGGUGGGUCAACAAACUCAAGGGCAGACCGCUCACCAUACAGCUUGCCGAGGACGAUCAGACUAGGUAUAAGAAGCGGUUCGGGAAAGACGCACCAAAGACUGGCCGGAAGGGACCUGGAGCCGGAGGCAGAGGCCCGCCGAGGAGUAAUGCAGAGUCUGCAGGAGGGGACAGCGCGGAGAAGAGCGGAGGAGGCUCACUCAGUUACCAUACCGACAUUAAUGUUGCCAGGCUCACUGGUGCAGCCGUCGCACCCCAGGGUAAAAAGGUCACAUUCGACUGAGAUGGUGUAUUUGCAUAUAAAUCAAGCGAGAAAUAUAUUUUUUCUCAGCCAAGUAUUUCAAUUUCAGUACUUACGACUACUAAAACAAGACGACUUAAUCACAGGACAAAUAGACAGUAAACACAUGACAUGAAAUCAAGGAACGAAUAAGAGG